AUGGCAGCUGCACUGGGCACGAUUGGGGAAUUCGUUCCGACGGAGGCGCCGUCUUGGCCCUUGUAUUUGGAGCGCCUCGAAUUUUUCUUUCAAGCAAACGACAUCGACGGUAACGAGAAGAAGCGAGCAACGCUCUGCAGCGUUUGCGGCCCAGCAACGUAUGCCAUCGUGCGUUCCCUUUGUUCUCCGGACGCGCCGUCGGCGGUGGCCUACGAUGAGAUCGUCAGGCGUCUCUCAAACCACUUCUCACCGCGACCGUCGGUGACAGUUCAGCGUUUCAAGUUUGGCACGCGUCAGCAGCAGCCCGGUGAGUCAAUUGCGGACUACAUCGCAGAACUGCGACGUCUCUCGGAACAUUGUGAUUUCGGUGCGUCGCUCGACGACAUGUUGCGCGACCGACUGGUGUGUGGGGUGCGAAGCGAGACUCUUCAGCGUCGGUUGCUGGCGGAGCCGGAGCUUACGUUUGCGACAGCUCGGGAGAAAGCCAUUGCCAUGGAAUCUGCGCAGCGACAGAUUGAGCAAAUUCGCGGCAGUGCCACAUCGUCUGAAGUAUGCAGCGUGAGCGGGAAGCGUUUCGACCCAUGUGUUACGAAGGUCUCGGCGCCGGGGACAGCCAAGGAGGGUACCCAGAAGCAGGCGGGUUCGCCUGGGAGCACAAGUGGAUGUUUCCGCUGCAAAGGUGCGCAUUCGCCAAGCAGUUGCCCAUUCAUUAAUGUGCAGUGCCACUUCUGCAAGCAACGAGGGCACAUAGUAAGAGCAUGCAGGAGGAAGGCUACAGCUCGCGCUUCGGCUGAACCGAACUCUCCGAACGGAAAACGGGCCAAUGGAGGCCGUCACAAGAAUGCUGCGUCGGACGUAUACGACGUGUUCGUACUGUCUGGUGAGGAGCCAGCCGUGAGAGUGGAAGUGCGCGUCAACGGAAGUCCCCUAGAGAUGGAGGUGGACUCGGGUGCAGUGUGUUCAGUCAUCAACAACCGGACUAUGCGGAAGCUGCGAAUAUCGAAAAGGGCGUUGCGCCCAAGUAGCCUUCACCUCCGAGCUUACAAUAACAAGGAACUACGAGUGUUGGGUGAAUUGACCGUGACGGUGGAAUUUAGGGGGCAGGAACAUCGCCUGCGAUUGGUGGUGGUUAAGGGUGCUAGUAUCGGACUUAUCGGUCGAGACUGGUUCAAGUCCUUGGGAAUAAGUCUGAGUGGCGUUCACAGUGUGUGUGAGCCGAGUAGAACUGGCAGUAAAGGAACAACGGCCUUGCUCAAGAAGUAUUCUUCAGUCUUUGAGCCUGGACUUGGGACAAGUAGAGGGCCUCCUGUACACAUAGAGGUGAACCCGGCAGCUCCGCCGCGAUUUUUGAAGCCACGGCAAGUACCGUUUGCAUUGAGACCGAAGGUCGACGAAGCACUGGACAGGUUGGUGAGCCAAGGCAUUUUCCAGCCUGUACGGCACUCGAAGUGGGCAACACCGGUCGUUCCAGUUGUCAAAAAAGAUGGAUCGAUAAGGAUCUGCGGGGACUACAAGAGCACCGUCAAUCGUGUGGUGCAGUGGGAAACGUAUCCUCUGCCAACACCAGAGCAGCUGUUUGCCAGGCUGGCAGGUUGCUCGAAGUUUUCAAAGCUAGACCUCGGACAAGCGUAUCAACAGAAGACUGUUGAUGAAGAAACAGCUGACUUGUUGACGGUGACAACACAUCGGGGACUUUUCCGCGUAACCCGUCUUCAAUUUGGCGUGGCAGUGGCAGUGGCUAUUUUUCAGAGGUACAUGGAAGAACUGUUGCAUGGAAUUGAUGGUGUGCUGGUGUUCUUGGAUGACAUCUUGAUCGGUGGAAGGGAUGAGGCACAGCAUUAUGCUCGUUUGCAAGAGGUGCUCAAAAGAAUCCACGAAGACGGUUUGCGACUGAAAUUUGACAAAUGUCAAUUUUGUGUUGAGGAAGUGCGUUACUUGGGAUUCAUCGUGAACUCUGCAGGUGUGCAGCCGACAGAAGACAAGGUGCGUGCUAUUCACGAGGCCCCGGAGCCAACAUGCAAAAAGGAGCUUCAAGCCUUUUUGGGAGCUCUGAACUUUUACAACAAAUUUCUUAAGGGAGCAGCACAUACCUUGGAGCCACUGUACCGGCUGUUGGACAAGGGUCGCGAGUGGCGUUGGACGGGAGCAGAGGCAGACGCAUUUCGCCAGGCGAAGGAUCUGCUUCAAUCAUCGCAUGUUCUUGUGCACUAUGAUGUCAACAGGCCCCUAGUGCUUGCCUGUGACGCUUCCCCGUAUGGACUGGGUGCUGUGUUAAGUCAUGUGGGGGAAGAUGGUAGCGAGAGACCGGUUGCAUAUGCAUCAAGGACUAUGAGCGCGGCAGAACGAAAGUACGCCCAAACAGACCGAGAAGCGCUCGCCAUUGGCUUUGGCGUUAAGAAAUACCAUCAGUUUCUGUAUGGGAGGCAUUUCAAAAUUGUGACGGACCACAAACCCCUCUUAGGACUGUUGCACCAUGCCAAGCCUAUUCCCCAGGUGCUAUCACCACGGAUGCUGCGGUGGACCCUCAUGUUAUCAGCAUAUGACUAUGAAAUUGAGUAUCGACCAGCAGAGAAGCUUUCCAAUGCUGAUGCAUUCAGUCGUUUACCACUGAGGGCCAGUAAGGUGGAGGAAGAGGAGCAGCGUCUUUGGGAAGUAGGAAUGCUAGAAAUGGCACCAGAAGUAACGUGGAACUCUAGGAAGGUGGCAAGUUUUACGUCAAGGGACAAGCUGUUGGCUAGAGUCUGCAAUUGGGUGCAGCAUGGGUGGCCAGAGGGCAAGCUACCGGAAGAGUUUGCAGCAUUUGUGAUCCGCAAGCAUGAACUGUCAGUGUAUCAAGGUUGUUUGCUCUGGGGCAGUCGUGUCGUCAUUCCAGAGCCAGCUCGACCAUAUGUCAUGGACAUUCUUCACACAGCUCAUCCAGGAAUUAUCAAGAUGAAGGGGCUCGCCAGAGGAGCCGUGUGGUGGCCAGGAAUUGACAGAGACGUGGAGCAGAAGGUGAGGGACUGUGCACGUUGUCAAGAAUCCAGGUCUGCGCCAGCAGCUGCAAAAAUUCACCCUUGGGAAUUCACCAAGCGUCCUUGGACAAGACUACAUAUCGAUUUUGCUGGGCCAUUCCAAGGCAACGUCUUCCUCAUUGUGGUGGACUCUCACUCGAAGUGGUUGGAAGUGUGCCGAAUGACUUCCAUGUCGGCAGCUGCAGUUUGUGCGAAGCUUCGUUUUUUGUUUGCUACCCAUGGCAUUCCAGAGACUGUCGUUUCGGAUAAUGGAACCGCAUUUUGUUCGGAGGAAUUCAGAGACUUCAUGUGCCGAAAUCAAAUCCGACAUGUGACCGUUGCCCCAUAUCACCCUUCUUCAAAUGGUCAAGCAGAGCGGAUGGUGCGCGAAACCAAAGAAGUACUCAAGCGCAUGGUUGGAGGCAAUAUCGACACACGUCUGGCUAGGUUUUUAAUGACCCAGCAUAUCCUGCCUCAUGCUACAACAGGCAAAAGCCCAGCCGAAUUGCUAAUGGGCAGAAAACUUUCAACUGUGUUAGAGCGUCUGCAUCCUGACCUGCAGUCCACUGUGCAGCAGAAACAGGAGCAGGUGAUGCAGCGCCGUAACCAGGCAGUGCGACUGUUUGAAGUGGGGGAUCGAGUGUUUGUGCGCAACUAUCUCUAUGGGCCCAAGUGGUUGCCGGGCAUUGUGGAUUCUGUCACUGGACCAGUGUCGUACUUGGUCGUCACCAAGGAUGGACGUCGGUGGAGACGGCAUGUUGACCAACUCAGAAGUCGUUCUGCCAGCUACGCAUUGGACACUGGAAUGUGCGAGGAGGAGGAAUCGUUGGUUGCUUUCCCGGCAGGGUGUUCCGAAAGCGGCAUUCCUUCAAGCCCAGAGUACCCUGGAAGACGGAGCCCAAGAGAAGUACGAGAGGAGGCUGCACCACCCAGUACCAAACCUGUUUCCUGUGGUGAGGACAGUGAAGUCAGCGCAUCCCGGGACCAGAGAGAAAUACGAGAAGAGGCUGCAACACCCAGUGCCGAACCUGUUUCCUGUGGUGAGGACAGUGAAGUGAGCGCACCCCUUCACGUCCAGCGACCACAGCGCCAACGCAACCGUCCUGCGUAUCUGAAGGACUACGUGACGUAG